AUGGCACCCCAUCAAGAUGUUGCUUUAGAGCAAAAGAAGGGUCAGAAAAAGAAGAAAGUUGAUCAUGCUCCAUCAAAGCCUUUUCCUCAUAUGUACCAGUUUUUAGUGCAAAAGUGUGAAAAUAAUGUUGGUCUAGUGGGAGGAGUCAGAAAUCUGUUUGAAGAAAGUGAUGUUGUGAUGAUCGAGAUGUCAGGCAUACGAGAUGCUGAUCCAAAAGAAAGAAUUGAAAAUUUUAUUGAAGGCAUUGAAAAGAUACCAAUCCCUACUUGUGAAGAUCCAAUAUCACCAAUUGUCAGAAGUACAUAUCCUGAUUAUUUUAUUCAUUCUACUGAUACAAGCUACUUUCAAAAAAGAGCAAUUCUUGCUCCAACUCUUGAUAUGGUUGAAUCAAUCAAUGACUAUAUGAUUUCCUUCAAUCAAAAUACUGAAAAGACAUAUUUGAGUUCUGAUACUGGUUUGUCUGAUCAUUCUUUCUCAGCAUUGGAUAAUGUACCUACACCAGAAAUUUUAAACAAUAUUAAAUGUUCAGGAAUUCCAAAUCAUUCUAUCACUUUAAAAAUUGGUAUUCCUAUGAUGUUGUUAAGAAAUAUUGAUCAAUCGUCAGGAUUGUGGAAUGGAACAAGGUUGAUCAUCACGAGACAUGGAAAUCGAGUGAUAAAAGCCAAGGUUUUAUCAGGUAAUAUGGAAGGAAAGAAAGUUGUUAUCCCAAGAAUGACUUUGAUUGCAUCUGAUGCAAGAAUACCUUUCAAGUUUCAGCGAAGACAAUUUCCAUUAAUUGUAUCUGUUGCCAUGAGCAUUAAUAAAAGUCAAGGUCAAUCGUUGUCUUACGUUGGAUUAUUUUUGAAAAAGUCAGUAUUUACCCAUGGACAACUGUAUAUUGCUUUAUCGCGAGUGACUAGCAGAAAAGGAUCAAAGAUUUUCACUUAUGAUGAUGAUGGAAACAUUUGUAAUGAGGUUACAAAUGUAGUGUAUAAAGAAGUCUUUCGUAAUUUAAUUUGA